GAGUGAUUGUGUACCACAAGUGGCCUGUAAAUCUGGAUAAAAAAAGGCAUAGUUUGAGUCCACUCAUUCGGCCACGGCCACUACAAAUCAAUCAUAAAAAUUGAAUCCGUCGAUCACUCUCUCAACUGACUGUAGAGAUGCUUGUUAGCAGCAGAGCAACUGUGGUCUCCGCUGCCAAUUUCAAACGCAUUUCAUCCUGCUCCUGCUCGUCAUCAUCAUUAUUCUUCAAGAAGAAGAAGAGAGUUGGAUGGAGUAGGAGAAUGGAGGAUAAGAAGGAUCUGCUUGCUACAUCCGCCACUGCUUCUUCCGUGGCUGCACAACCCUUGCAGGACGCCGACGCUCUAAUUGACUCCGUUGAGACUUUCAUCUUCGAUUGUGAUGGAGUCAUUUGGAAGGGGGAUAAAUUAAUCGACGGGGUUCCAGAAACCUUGGAGUUGCUCCGCUCAAAGGGAAAGAGACUUGUCUUUGUAACUAAUAACUCAACAAAGUCCAGGAAACAAUAUGGCAAAAAGUUCGAGACACUUGGUCUCAAUGUCAAUGAGGAAGAAAUUUUUGCAUCUUCUUUUGCUGCUGCUGCAUAUCUACAAUCCAUUGCUUUCCCUAAAGACAAGAAAAUAUAUGUGAUUGGUGAAGAAGGCAUACUGAUAGAGCUUGAGCUAGCAGGCUAUUCAUACCUUGGGGGUCCGGAAGAUGGUGGAAAAAAGAUAGAGCUCAAGCCUGGAUUCUAUAUGGAACAUGACAAAGAUGUUGGUGCAGUUGUAGUUGGAUUCGACCGUUACUUUAACUACUACAAAGUUCAGUAUGGGACACUAUGUGUUCGUGAAAAUCCAGGCUGUCUUUUCCUUGCUACAAACCGUGACGCUGUUACUCAUCUUACAGAUGCACAAGAAUGGGCAGGUGGUGGCUCUAUGGUUGGUGCUCUUGUUGGAUCUACUCAACGUGAACCGCUUGUUGUUGGGAAACCUUCAACGUUCAUGAUGGAUUACUUGGCAAACAAAUUUGGCAUCAGCAAAUCACAGAUAUGCAUGGUUGGUGACAGACUAGACACCGAUAUUCUUUUCGGACAAAAUGGUGGAUGCAAAACUCUUCUUGUUCUCUCAGGUGUGACAAGUCUCUCAAUGCUUCAAAACCCGAACAAUUCCAUACAACCAGAUUUUUACACAAGCAAGAUCUCCGAUUUUCUUUCUCUUAAAGCCGCCAAUGUGUAACAAACUUGUACUUCAUUUUCCAUGACUCCCUUACUUCAUCUGUAUUGUUUAUUAGUAUAAUUGUGCAUCAGUUCAUAUAUUUUUCACAUGAAAUAUUCUACAAGAAUGAAUGAUAAUUGUAUGCCCAAAAUAUAGUUUAUUAUUAA